CUGCGGCAAGAGCUGCUACGCCUCCUCGCUGGCUCCCGCUUGCAAUAGCCCAGCUCUCGCCCCACACAUUUGAGGCUUCUGUGGACUCAUUAGCAACCGAUGCUUUUAGAUCCUAGUCGCCUAACUUUGCCAAGGCGGCUAGAGGUCAUCUGGGAAGUCUUUUGCCUCAAAUCGCCCGGAAUCAGAAGACCAAGUCAUUGCUCCUGCGGUGCUUUGGGAAUCCGCGCGCUCCUCUGGUCCAGGCGCACGGGAAGCGCUCGGGGAGGACGCAGGUGACCAGGAGAAGGGAGGCGGGGGGUGCUGUGAAGGCGCCCCAGUGAUUAACUUGGAGAUCGAACCUGCAGACCAAGCGCAAAGUAGAAACUGAAAGUACACUGCCGGCUGAUCCUACGGAAGUUAUGGGAAAGGCAAAGCGCAGAGCCGGGCCCUGGUGUGUGCCGCCCCCCUUGGGAUGGAUGAAACAGCAGGCUCGGCGUGGGUAGGAGGAACCAGCGACAGAGACGGCCCUACCCGGCGCGGACUCCCGGUAACUCCGCGGAAGACCAGGGUCCUGGGAGUGACUAUGGGCGGUGAGAGCGUGCUCCUGCUGCAGUUGCGGUCAUCAUGACCAAGCCCGCCUCCCGCAGACCAUGUUCCAUGUUUCUUUUAGGUAUAUCUUUGGAAUUCCUCCCCUGAUCCUUGUUCUGUUGCCAGUAGCAUCAUCUGAUUGUGACAUUAACGGUAAAGACGGUGGAGCAUAUCAGAAUGUUCUAAUGGUCAACAUCGAUGACUUGGACAACAUGAUAAACUUUGAUAGCAAUUGCCUGAAUAACGAACCUAACUUUUUUAAAAAACAUUCAUGUGAUGAUAAUAAGGAAGCUUCAUUUUUGAAUCGUGCUGCUCGAAAGUUGAAGCAAUUCCUUAAAAUGAAUAUCAGUGACGAUUUCAAGCUUCACCUAUCAACAGUUUCACAGGGCACAUUGACACUGCUAAACUGCACCAGCAAGGGUAAAGGAAGAAAACCCCCUUCCCUGGGUGAAGCCCAACCCACUAAGAAUUUGGAAGAGAAUAAAUCUUUAAAGGAACAGAAAAAACAGAAUGACCUGUGUUUCCUAAAGAUACUACUACAAAAGAUAAAAACUUGUUGGAAUAAAAUUUUGAGGGGCAUUAAAGAACAUUGAAAAUAUGGAGUAGCAAUAUAAAACCUUGAGUUUUAUUUGUAUCCUCCAAGAAUCUAUCUGCUCAUGCGAUUUUCGAGGGCAGAAUGCCUCCUGGAAGUUACUGAAUGCAUCCUGGUUAAAACAGAUUACAGCAACUGAGAAAUCCUUACUGUAGUUCCAGAAGAUGGACCUAAACAAUGGAAACCAAAUGCUGCAAUCAACAAAACUAUUUCACAUGUAUGAGGACAUAUAUUAAUUGGUAUUAAUUCUGAACCUUUUUUUUUAAGACAAUCCAUAUAAGGUAUUAGUUGCAAUAAUACUUUUUAAAUGUGUUUAAAAUUUUCAGAAGAUAUAUAAAUUCUGUGAAGUAUAUAAAGGUUAUGAGGAUUAAAAAUUAACAUUUCAUUAUUACCAAAAUAUAUAGUUUUAUGCCCAUUAUGCAUCAGUAUGCUGCAAUGAGAGUAGAAACUUUUCUCGUCUGUGCUGGAAAUGUUUCAGAGUUAACAGUGAGAUAUGGAUAAGGCCCAUGAGAAUGAAAGACGCAGUAGCAUCAAGGAGUCCAAGGUAAUUGAAAGAUAUUAAGAGAUGUAAUUAAACAUGAAUGUAUAACACAGUGCCUUUGAUAAAUGAUAUUACAGAUGUUUUAAAAUUAAAAUAAUGAAUAGUUUCACAAAACAGAAAGUCACCUGUCCUAAGGAUGCUAAACCAUAGCACUGGGUUACUUUUGUCAUUUAUGUGUAAUAAAAUUUGUCUACAUGAGUUUGCAAUUUGGGAAGUAUAUUUUUAAGAGAAUAAUAUAUGUUGGCCUUUUAAUUAAUGGAAUGUGUAUAUUUAAUUUUGACACAAUAUCUGUAUAUAAAAAUAUUUUCAUACAGUACUACAAUUGCUUACUUUGGAUAACAUUUCUCCUUUGAUAAUAAAUGACCUAUGUAUUAA